AUGCGGCUCAUAAACGUUGAGAACCUAAAGCUUGAAACCUUCAUCGGCGGCCAUGUCCCACCGUAUGCUAUCCUGUCGCACCGAUGGGGAAAUGAUGAUGAGGAGGUAUCCUUCAAGGAUAUGGAUAGAGGCACUAUGAACAAGGUUGGAAUGAAAAAAGUACAAGGCUGCUGUCGACAAGCCAAGAAAGACAACCUCAAAUAUGCCUGGAUUGAUACUUGUUGCAUCGACAAGGAGAGUUCCAAAGAGCUAGAUGAGGCUAUCAAUUCCAUGUUCCAGUGGUAUCGAAGAGCCGCCAUAUGUUAUACCUACAUGGCCGAUGUUCCUUAUGAACAAGAUAUCUGGGAAACGACUUCCAGCUUCUCCGCGAGCUCGUGGUUCACAAGAGGGUGGACACUACAAGAACUCCUUGCUCCUGGAGAAAUACACUUCUUUGAUGAGACUUGGAGUCUUAUUGGCACGAAGGAAGAAUUGGCGAGUGAAAUUGAAGAUAUCACAGGGAUACCCCGCAGAUUUCUGCUCGGCUGGGUUGACUUUCACCAGGCCAGUGUUGCGCAACGUAUGUCCUGGGCGUCAAAGAGGACGACAAAGAGGGAUGAAGAUAUCGCCUACUGUCUCCUAGGGAUCUUCGGUGUUACUAUGCCGAUGAUCUAUGGGGAAGGACACAAAGCCUUUGAAAGGCUGCAGCUCAAGAUCAUGGAACAGACAACCGACGAUUCAAUUCUAGCAUGGGGAGUAAAGGUCCAAGGUAUGGAGAUCGAAUCUCAGACUGGUCCUAGCGAUUACAAUACGUCCGCCGGAAUGUUUGCCAAGUCCCCAAUGGAUUUUGCCAAGUGUGGUCGUAUCGUUCCGAAGACGCUCGACCCUAGUUGUAUCACGAAUUUCGCUGUUUCUGGGGGAUAUAUCCGCACGUCACUCAAGUUACAGAGUACAGAAAAUGGAGUAGCAUAUGGUCUUCUCAACUGUGGCCUCGAAAGCACGACAGGAGGCUACAUAGCUAUUCCGCUGCGUUGCAUAACGCCUUCAAUUUCGACAGUCAGGGAGUACAUCCGACCGAUUGGAUAUGGCCCUAUUCUUCUGUCCGGGGUACGCAGUGAUUGCUACGAUGUCCAUGAAGUUCGCAUCCGUGUGGAUCGCCAGGCUCGACCAGCAGAAACGACAGGGAAACCUGUCUGGCUUCAUAUGGAUGGUCACCAAAAGCUUAAACUACACCUCGUGGAAGUUUGCCCAGCACUCAACUGGGACCGGGGCCGUGCUUUGGUCAUGGAUUUGAAAGAUUCAAAUCAAACCGUUACACGAAGAUACCUCGCUCGUUUUACUAGCACAGCAAAGAAGAGCCGCGACAUUGUCGUUGUAUUGGACUUCAACCUCCAGGCACAGUAUUCCUCCGCGAGCUGCUUUGCAAUAGCAGCACCUGAAGAGUUAGAUCUGCCUAGUAUUGCCCGAGGUCUGCAUUUUAUGCAGUCAGAGCACUUGCGCGAUCAAGUUAUGCGCAUUGGAAAUGAUGUUGUCGAGGUCUCUGUGCAGAGAGAAGACAUCUCGCAAGGAUCGAUUUUCCUGCUGAGACUAGCUAGGACUAACUUGAGUCCGUUGCCUGAUGCAGAUACGUCCCACCGUAUCUACAAAGCGAGCCAGGUAGACAUGCUGAUUUCAAUCCUCUGCGAAAGGGAUAACAUAGAAGAAACUAUCGACGAAGAGAUGGAAGAACAGGCCGCGACUGCCAGUAAACUAGAGUCACUAAAAGCCGAACUGGACAAGGUAGCGGAAAAGGAGAGACAACUCGCAGUUGAGAGAAAAAGGAUUGAAAGCGAAAUGAAAAAGAAGGAGAAAAAUAUGAAUAGAUAUGAUAGGAGGAUGCAAAGAGCGAAAAACAGGCUGACUGAGCUCAAAAAUCGAAUUGAAAAGAAUAGCCGAAAUAUUGAGAGAGUCGGUGGGGCCAAGGGUUCAAUAAGUUGGGCCGAAACUAUGAUACAAAGACAAUUAGACCAGCAAAAAGCAUCUCAAGGCACAGAUGCACCGGCUUCUGCCGGCACAAGAACCCUUCAGACAAGUCUGGUCAAUAGCCGACAAAGCAUGGGCGGUUUCAUUCCACUGCUCUGGGCUGCCGCCAACGGAAAAAACGCAAUCUUGCAACUUCUCAUAGACAAGUGUGCAGACCUCGAAGCGAGAAACCCGGACAACGAAUACACGGCGCUUAUGUAUGCGGCAGAAUACGGACAAGUCUCAGCCGCAAAGUCCUUACUCGAUUGCGGCGCGAUGUUGGAAGCUCAGGACAAGAAUAAAUACACCCCCCUGUUGCUGGCAGCUUCGGCAGGGCACGUACCGAUAACGUCGUUACUUCUCGGCAAGGGGGCUGAUAUAGAAGCAAGAUCUUCCGAUGGGAGUACUCCGCUCUCCAUUGCAGCUAGAAAAGAAAAUGACGGGGUUGUCAAGGUGCUGCUGGAGAAAGAGGCCGAUAUAGAUGCGAAGGACGAUAACGGAGACACGCCUUUGCUGCAAGCCUGUCUCAAUGGUCACGUGGGUAUUGCAAAGAUGCUGAUCGAUGCAGGAGCCAAUAUUCAGACACAAACGCGCUAUGGGAGUACGCCGCUAGCUGUUGCUGCCAGGAAAGGGAGGGAGGGUAUUGUCAAACUACUGCUAGAGAAAGGGGUCGAUAUAGAUGCUAAGAACCAUAACGGAGACACGCCCUUAUCACGAGCAUGUCUUAAUGGACACAUGGGUGUCGUGAGGAUACUCAUUGAAAAGGGAGCGACUGUUGAUGUGAGGAACAAGAAGGGCAAGACGCCUCUGCAACUAGCGGAGAAGAACACAAAAAGUGGGAUCGUCGAUUUGCUCCGGAAUCAUCUGGAGACGAAAGAGGGAUGA